AUGUCCACAAUGCUCAAGUCGUGUCUGGUGUAUCCAGAGACCUCAAUUACCGUAGGACUUGGAUAUGGUUGUGUCCUCAUUCUGACGACAGUCCUAGGGAUCUUCUGGACUUACCAUAACAAGGGUUUCUGGACAUCAUCCUCCGCCAAUGCGAAAUGGAUUGCCAGUCCAAAGGGGAAACCGUUUACUGGAAACCUUCAUGAACUCAGAACUAAUGGCGCAGCCAGUUGCGAGGCCUGGUAUUCCCUGUAUAAAAGAUACGGACCCGCUUUCGAAAUGACUGUCCCAUUCUUUCGCAUGCACAUAAUCAACCACCCCACUUAUCUUGAGCAUAUCCAGAAAUUCAACAGCAAAAACUACGUGCGCGGCAGAUUCGCUCGGAACAUGUUUGGGCCCCUUCAUAGAGGUGGUAUAUUUGUUGCAGACGGCUUGGAAUGGCAAACGCAGCGUAAAGCAGCCUCGCGUGCAUUCAGCAAGCGUAACUUCGAGACUCACAUCACACAAUCUGUUCAUUAUUGGCUGGAUAUUCUUCUAAGUCUACUGUCUAACUUGGCCAAAGAGGAAAGAGAGUUUGACUUCCAGGAACUUAUGGGCCGUCUUAUGUUCUGCCUCUUUCUACGGAUUGCAUUUCAUGAGGAUAGACUUGCUUGGGGUAUCAUGUCAGAUGAUCCCAAGUGCCUGGAAUCGAAACCAGAUUACGUCGAGGCCUUCGACCAGGCUACCCAUUUAUUUGACCGAAGGAGACGCGAUCCACUAUGGAGGGUAACCGAGAAACUCUCCGGCGAAGACGCUAUUACGAAGAAAGCCGUGGAUCUCUUCUAUAAACAGAUUGAUCAGCUGAUCGAGAAGCGUCUCAAUCUAAUGGAGAAUGGCUAUAAGCCUAAUCCAGACGACGGAGUGGACCUUCUCGACCUAUUCUUACAGUCGACAAGUGAUGUAUAUACUCUUGGUGGAAUGGUAUUUUCAUUUCUAUCAGCUGGCCGGGAUACAACGACAUAUAAUGUUUCAUGGUUUAUGAAGGAAAUUCACCACAGAAAAAACCAACAUCUAAACGCGUUGAUGAAAAUUCGAGCUGAGGCAGAUAAUCUUGGCUUCGCUGAUAGCUACCUUGGCUAUACUGAUACGCCGAGACUGCGUUUUACAAAUGCUAUGUGGGACGAGUGCACUCGACUGAACACAGUAUCACCGGCGGGCCAAUUGGAAGCGGCUGAGGACGAUAUUCUACCCGCUGUGCCCGAGUUAAAAAUGCCUCCUCGUCGAAUUAAGAAAGGUGAUGUUGUCAGCUAUCAGAACUAUGUUAUGGCACGCAUGCCAGAAAUCUGGGGAGAGAAUGCGGCCGUCUUCAACCCAUAUCGAUGGCUUAAGGAUAAUGGCGAAAGCAUCUCAUACAGCCCAUUCAAAUAUCACGCUUGGAAUGCUGGGCCGCGCAGCUGUCUGGGACGUCUACUCGCCACUUACGAGGGUAUUACGAUUACAGUUGCGAUCCUCCAGCGCUUCGAUAUAAUCCUAUCGGAUGAUAAUAGGACGUAUGAGCCGCUGGCUGCUCUGAACAUGGGCAUUCGAGGUGGCCUUCCCAUGCGAGUGAGGGAAAGAAAGGACUCUAAAGCUUAG